AUCACCUCAGUCACCGCUCCAGACUCAGUAAGUGUCACUUUAUAUACUCAUUAUUUACACAUCUUUUUUUCUGUAAAUUUUAUUUACAAUUUAAAGUUUUUUUGUUCUUUUUUUUCAAUUUGUUUUAUAUUUAUAGUUUUUUUUUCUCUCCUAUUUAAAUUUGUGAAAUUUUUUUGUUUUUUGUUCUCUACCAAUAUUCUCUUAUAUUAAUAUAUUAUAUUUAUAUAUACUUAUUGUAAAAGAAAAUAAGAGAAAAAAAAACACCAACCUGAACAAACAGUAAAGAGAAUGAGUUUAAUUUUUAAUUCAUAUAACUCCAUAAUGGAGCUAAGUGACAAACGCCUUGCAGAUUGGCCUCUAAUGUCAUCUCCACUUUCCACCAUGACCAUUUGUCUAUCUUAUGUGUAUUUUGUUAAAUAUCUUGGACCAAAAUUGAUGAAAAAUCGUCCACCCUUUGAAUUAAGAGGCCUUAUGAUUGCUUACAAUUUCCUUAUGGUCCUGAUAAGCGCCUUAAUUGUUUACUUUUAUGGUGUAUCGGGUUGGUUAACCAAUUACAGCUACAAGUGUCAACCAGUUGAUUAUUCAAAUUCACCGGAUGCCCUUAUUAUGGCUAAAACUUCUUACUUUUAUUAUAUUGUUAAAUAUAUUGAAUUUUGCGAUACCCUUUUCUUUGUGCUACGUAAAAAGUAUGAUCACAUUUCAACCCUUCAUGUUAUCCAUCAUGGAAUCAUGCCUUUCAGUGUUUGGUGGGGUGUUAAAUUUGUUCCCGGUGGACAUGCAACCUUCUUCUCUUUCCUCAACUCUUUUAUUCACGUAAUUAUGUAUACCUAUUAUGGACUUGCCGCCAUUGGACCUCAUAUGAACAAAUAUCUUGGAUGGAAAAAAUAUUUGACCGCCAUGCAAAUGGUUCAAUUUGUACUUAUAUUUAUUCACUCAUUUCAACUUAUUUUCCGUAACUGUAACUUCCCUAAAGCAUUUAUGGUCUGGAUUGGUUGCCAUGGUAUUCUGUUCUGGUUCCUUUUCUCAGAUUUCUACAAAAGGACAUACUCCAAGAAAGAUCGUUCCACAUCUUCCUCUUUCACCAAUGGAGCCGUAAAAAGUUCAACAGAUAAGAUUGAACAAUUAAAACAUGCCAUCGAGAAACGACUCAAUUGAUUAUAUCAUAUCAGAUAUUCCACUAAAGUGUAAACUCCCCUCAGGAGAUGUACAAAUCUCUCUUUUUUCGUUCUCUCUCUCUCUCUCUCUCUCUCUCUCUUUCUCUCUCUCUCUCUCUUUAUCACCAUCUACUUUCUGUUGCUCUCCAUUUCUGCUUCUCUCGCUCUCUCUCUCUCUCACUUGUAUGUUGAUAACUUUUUUGAGUUGAGAACAUAAACAAAACUAGUUUAUCUCAACUAUACGGAAGUUUUUCUUCUUUCCUUCUUUUGAAAUCUUUUGAAAAAAGCUUGGAGAGGAUUGCGGAAAUCUGACCUCCUUUCGUCCUGACCCCAUUUUACACACAAAUUUAUAUAAAAACUCUCACUUUCACCACUCUCACUUUCAACAGGUUAUAUUAAGUUUUUUUUAAAAUAAUAAUAAAAUGCAUCCUUAUUGUAUUUAA